ACACACACACACACUCACACACACUUCCUCCCGUGACGGCAGGCAGACACCCAAAGAGUCAGGUGACAUCAGUGAAGAGCCUCCCCCGCUGCCUGAAACCGAGAACACGUCUGGAAGGUCCAUGAGUGUUUGGACAUAACCUCCGCUGUGUGUGUGUGCGAGUGUGUCACCAUGCUGUGGACGCUGCUGCUGGCGCUGCUGGCGCUCCUGCUGCUGCACACUCAGCUGUCUGUUUGCUUCAAAGGAUUCCGCAGCAGGGGUCCCGGGCCCUCCGUCCACUCGCCGUCGUCCUACAGCGCCAGCAAACAGCGGCUGCCGGGCGCCAUUAUCAUUGGCGUGCGUAAAGGUGGCACCAGAGCCCUGCUGGAGAUGCUCAACCUGCACCCGGACGUGGAGGUGGCAAAGGCAGAGGUGCACUACUUUAACGUGGAGGAGCACUACCGCCGAGGCCUGGCUUGGUAUCGAACCCAGAUGCCUUUCACCCUGCCCGGUCAGCUGACCGUGGAGAAGACCCCCGGCUAUUUUGCGGCCCCACAAGUUCCCGCGCGGGUCCGGGCCAUGAACCCCGCCGUCCGCUUGCUGCUCAUCGUCCGCGACCCGGCCCAGAGGCUCAUUUCCGACUACACCCAAGUCCUCCACAACCGCCUGGCGCGCCGCAAGCCCUACCAGCCUUUGGAGGAGCUCCUGCUCCACGAGGGCUCCGUCGACCCGGGCUACAGAGCGCUGCAGAGGAGCCUGUACCACCAGCACCUGGCCCGCUGGCUGGAGGUCUUCCCCCGGGAGCAGAUCCACGUGGUGGACGGCGACGCGCUCAUCCGAGACCCCUUCCCCGAGCUGAGGGAAGCCGAGCGGUUCCUGGAGCUGCCGCCGCGGAUCACGCCGGACAACUUCUACUACAACACCACCAAGGGCUUCUACUGCCUCCUGUCGGCAGGACACGACAAGUGCCUGGACGAGUCCAAAGGGCGGCCGCACGCGCCCCUGAGCACCCACACCUUCUGGAAGCUCUGCCGCUACUUCAGGGAGCCCAACAAGAUGUUCUUCAGCAUGGUCGGGAGGUCCUUCUCCUGGUGCUGACACGUUCAGGGACGACAAACCAUAGCGCUCAGGUACAAAAUGGCCGACGGGGGCCACGCCAAACUUUUAGAAGCGUGCUGCCGCCUCCACCCGAGCCAUUUUCCACUAGCACUUCUUUCAUAGCGACUCAUCAACUUUGAUUGAAAUACAAGAGAAAUGUUGCACUGGGAACUCUUCAAACAUUUUGUGUACCCAACUUUAAAGUUGUUUCGAUUACUUAUUUUGUUACAGUAGGGCACAGGUGUCAAACUCAAGGCCCGGGGCCCAAAUCUGGCCAGCCACUUCAUUUUAUGUGGCCCGUAACAUAAUUCUAAUUGGGUCCGCCACAUCAUUUUAUUGUUGACCGCCACUUCAUUUUAACAUUGCCCGUCGCAAAAUUUUAAAGUGGUGCGCCACAUAAUUUUAAUGUGGCCCUCCACGACAUUUUACAGUGGCCCGCCACAUCACAUAUUUUAUUUUUAUUACAUCAGCACGA